AUGAGUACGUAUAAAGAUAAUAAUAAUAUAAAUACAUUAGAUCAAAAGAAAUUUUUGGACGAAUGCAUUUUUGUUGUAAAAGAGCAAAGCUUCUACAUGAAGCAAGCACUGGAGAAUGGGUCACUUAGAGAUACUUUGAAAUAUGCAUCGAACAUGCUGUGCGAACUGAGGACGUCCCACCUAUCCCCAAAAUAUUAUUAUGAAUUGUACAUGUUAAUAUUCAACGAAUUACAACAUUUAGAUAACUUUAUCAGCGACAAGAAAAAGCAUAAGAAGAAAUUUAUUGACAUAUAUGAGAGCGUACAACAUGCUGGUAAUAUUAUUCCACGUUUAUAUUUAUUAAUAAUAGUUGGUAGGAAUUAUAUAAAGAAUAAAGAUAUAAAAGCAAAGUAUAUAUUAAAAGAUAUGACUGAAUUAUGUAAAGGUGUACAACAUCCAUUAAGAGGAUUAUUUUUAAGAUAUUUUUUAAUACAAAUGUGUAAAGAUAGAAUACCAGAUACAGGUAGUGAAUAUGAAGAAGCAGGAGGAGGAAAUAUUGAUGAUGCUUUUGAAUUUUUAUUAACAAAUUUUUAUGAGAGUUUAAAAUUAUGGAGUCGUAUGAAUGAUAAAAUUAUUAAGGUACCAAACAUGAUACAAGAUAAUAAUACAAUGAAUAGUAAAAUAAAAAUAUUAAAAGAAAAAAUGGAUGUAAAAAUGUUAGUUGGAUCAAUAUUAGUAAGAAUGUCACAAUUAGAAGGUAUGACUAAACAAUAUUAUAUUGAAAAAUGUCUACCCAAAAUAUUAUUAUAUUUAUCUAAUAUUAAUGAUUCUUUAAUACAACAAUAUAUUUUUGAAUCCAUAGUACAAGUAUUUAGUGAUGAAUGUCAUAUAUAUAGUCUAGAAAUAUUAUUAAAUGCUAUAUUAAAAAUGAAUACUAGUUUAGAUUUUAAAAGUAUACUUAUUACAUUGUUAAAGAGAUUAAGAUCUUUUAUUGAAGCUAAUAAUAAAUGGGACUUACCAAAAGAUAUUGAUAUAUUUAAUUUGUUUUAUGAUCAUUUGGUAGUCUAUGUAAAUAGAACCUUGGAUACAUAUACCAAGUUUAAUUAUAACGAUACAAAUAAUAGCUCUCCUCAUGACAACCUCACUGGAUAUCCAGAUAAAGACUCAUCCAAGGCAAUGGCAAAAAAUAACAUAAAUAGUGAUGAUAAUAAUAAAAAUAAUGAUAAUAAUCACAAUAAUAAUAAUGAUAAUAAUCACAAUAAUAAUAAUGAUAAUAAUAAUGAUAACAAUAAUGAUAACAAUAAUGAUAAUAAUAUCAAUAGUAAUAAUAAUAAUUAUUAUUAUAACCAAUCCAAAAACUGUGUACAAAAUGGACAUAUUAAAGUCGAAAAUAUUAACCACACAAAUGAUAAAAAUGUAAAUAAUCAUAAACAUACAAAUAAUGAUAUCAAUAAUAAUAUUCUUAAUAAUGUGGGACAUAUUAAUAAUAAUGAUCUUAAUAAAAAUAAUUCUGGAAAAAACUGUACUAUAGUAAAUACUGAAGAGUUUGUAAACAAUGUUGUAAAAAUGCUACAAGUUAUUUACGAAUUUAUAUUUUUAUGUAUACGUAUAUAUGAUGAUGAUAUUAUUAUUAGUAAAUUAUUUGGUUUGCCAUAUACUAUUGCUUCCAAUGUAAAUAUGAAUAAUGAUACAAUAUGCGAACAGAUUAUUAGCAUUAUUGUUCUUCCAUUUAAUUAUUUAGGAUUAAGUGCUUUAAAUGCAAGAAAUAUGCAAACUUUAUUAAAUAAUAUUACUGAAAAACAUAAAAAGAAAUUAAGCCUAGAUAUUAUUGAUGCUAUUAUAGAGUGUAAAAAGAAAUAUAUAACAUAUGAAGAUGUAGAAAAAAUAUUGAAAUAUAUUUCUUAUAUUUUUCAUGAAAAAAAAAAUAAAAAAAAUAAAGAUGAUGAAGAUAUAUUUAAUUUAGAAAAUAAUAAUUCUGCAUAUACAUGUGAAAAAAUAUGUAAAUUCUUUCAUAUUAUUACAAAUACAAAGAAUAUUGAAGAAAAAUAUAAUAUAUCUAUGUUAUUUUAUAAGUAUAUUUCUAACAGCACUUAUUUAGUACAUUUAUUACCAACUAUUAUAUUUACACUUCUUCAUGUUGUAACUGAGAUAAUUAAACUAUGUCAACAAGAUGAUUUGAAUCAAAAUGAUAACAAAAAUGACAAUAAUAAUAAUAAUAAUAAUAAUAGUAAUACUAUUGAUAUUAUGAAUAGUAAUAAUACUAUGGAAAAUGAAAAAAAAGAAGAUAAUCUUAAUUCUUCUGAUUCAUAUAAUAUAUAUUCAAAUGAUGAAACUCAUAAGAACAAUUUUAAUAAUUAUUUACAUAAUAAUAAUGAAAAUAAUUUUAUAUUAGAUGAAAAAAAAAUUAAUCAAUAUAAUAUGUAUGUCAAAAAUAUAUUCAAAUUUAUUCAUACCAAUUUAUUAACAGUAGCUAGCCAAAUGCCUAUUUUAACAUUUAAAUUAUUUUUAUAUAGUGCUAUAGUUGUAAAUAAUUAUAAUAUUUUUGUACAGGCUCAUGAAUUUUUAACAUUUGAUAAUUUAGAAGCAAUCUGUUAUGAAUUCAUUACACAACCUUUAAUUAUAUAUGAAGAAGAUAUUAAUAUUUCAGCUCAACAAUUUGAUUGUAUUAUAUGGAUUGUAGGUAUAUUAUGUUCUCAUAUUAAUCUUCUUGAUAAUGAAAAUUAUAAUAAUAUAGCUCUUAAAUUAACACAACAUGCAAAUAAAUUAUUAAAAAAAAAAGAUCAAUGUAUAGGUGUAUUAAAAUGUUCCCAUUUAUAUUGGGAAAAUAAAAAAUAUAGAAACAGUACUAAAGUAAUCGAAUGUUUACAAAAAAGUAUAAAGAAUGCAGAAAUAGCUAUGCAAUCAAAUUCUGAUAAUAUAAUACUAUUCAUUUAUAUGUUAGAAAAAUAUCUUUAUUAUUAUGAAGCACAAAAUGUUGAAGUCUCAGAAGAAACAUUACAUUAUUUAAUAGAUAUAUGCCAAGAUUAUUACAAUAAAACUAAUGAUGACAUAAACUUUAAACAAGAAUACAAAAAGGUUAUUAAAUAUGUACAUGACAAACAAAAAAAUUCAAAUCUAUUUCAUAAAAUUAAUAUAGAUACAUCCAUAUUGAGAUCAUAA